AUGAAGAAAGCCUCCUCUGAUCCCCCCAAUAUAGACCCCAUACGCUCUGGCGCAGCAGCAUUAGCGCAUGGCGUCCCUCGCAGCUCCUCCAACCGAUCCGACGGCAAUCCGGCAAAUAUAGUCGCCAACUCAAUCGACUUGUCAAGCAAGUCCUCUCUACCCGCAGCUCAGCGCAAUAACACGCUCGACACGACGGCGUCCACCACCAACAGCAGCUAUGGCGCCGCCAAUGGCUUCUCUUCUCACAUCCCCAGCUCCGCUGCCAGCAACAGCUUCACCCUCACAUACCCGGAUGACAUCAAUGACAAAACAAGUCCCCGUGACCUCGAGGAUGUUGCCAUAUCUUCGAAGACUUCGCGGCAGGGGGCUGUCGUAGACGACGACGGUGUCAUGAAGAAGAACAAAACCCCCGAGCAGAAGCAGAAACCUGGCGUAUUCACCCGCUUCUACGUCACGUGUAAGAUGAUCCUGUUCCACAGCUGGGUCAACGUGCUCCUCGUCUUCGUGCCCGUCGGCAUUAUCACAAAAGCCCUCGGCGUGAGCCCCGGCAUCGUUUUCGCAAUGAAUGCCAUCGCCAUCAUCCCACUCGCUGGCCUGCUCAGCCACGCCACCGAGUCCGUCGCCAGCAAGCUCGGUGACACCAUUGGCGCCCUCCUGAACGUGACUUUCGGCAAUGCCGUCGAGUUGAUUAUUUUCAUCGCGCUUGUCAAGAAUGAAAUUCGCAUCGUCCAGGCGUCCCUCCUGGGCUCAAUCCUGGCCAACCUGUUGCUCAUUCUGGGCAUGUGCUUCUUCCUCGGUGGCCUGCGCUUCCGGGAGCAGAUCUAUAACAGCACCGUCACACAGAUGAGUGCUUGUCUGCUUAGUUUGAGUGUCAUCAGCUUGGUGCUUCCCACGGCCUUCCAUGCUUCUUUCCAGAACACUUUCAAGGCUGAAGACCAGACCCUCAAAAUCAGCCGUGGUACCAGUGUGGUCCUUCUGUUGGUAUACAUCUUGUACCUCCUCUUCCAGCUAAAGUCGCAUGCAUACAUGUAUGAGUCUACCCCACAGCACAUUGUGGAUGCAGAGUCCGCCCCUGGUCCGGCUAUUGGUUUCUUCGAUUCCUCCAGUUCUGAAAACAGCUCCGACUCCGACUCCGAUUCGGAUGGCUCUAACAGCUCUGGAGGCACUGUUCGCAAGACGAUGAGAAAGGUUAUGCGCGCCGGUAGAAGGCGCAAGUCUAGUGUGGUUUCUGUCAACACUGACGGUCUUCCCCGGACUCGUACUUCCUCUGUCGGUACUGCCCACGGUUCUGAAGAAUCUUCCAGCCGCCCAGCUAUCCCUAGCUUCAAUUCCGCCGGUAGCGACGAGGUUAUUGAAGAAGACAAGUCCCGCAAGCACCGAAAGCAUCGCAGACAUCAUCACAAGUACCUAAAGAGGUCGAAGAAGAGUUCCCGGAACAACGUCGCCGAUGCCGAGGGCCAUGAACCUUUGACCAACAACACUCUCCAUAGUGGUGAACCCCGCCGUCUGGACUUUGCAAGCCCAGCCGCUAGGCCCUCGGAGCCAACUGAUGCUGCUCAAACUGCCAAAACCCGUCCGGCAUCUGGCAUUCGCGGGCUAUCUAUUAAGAAUCUUGCUCCUGCUGUCUUCACCACGCCAGACGAGCCGCCGUCCACGGGUCCCGCACCCCCUGCCGGCCCUGUUCCCCGAGUCCGAUUUGGUAUCCGCCGUACAAACUCUUUGCCCGACCGUCUGAACCAGUACGGAAAUGUCCGCACCCCAGGAGGGGUGUUUCCUGCUCAGAUCCCUGGUGUUGCGACUGUCACCAGUGGUCUCAGCGCCAAGGAGGAGAUCGUCGACAAGGACCAUCUGUCUCGCACUGCAGCCAUCUUUCUCCUGCUCUUCUCCACCGCCCUUGUCGCCGUCUGUGCCGAGUUUCUUGUCGACUCCAUUAACGAGGUUGUCAAGACCAGCCCGCUUGGCGAGAUCUUUAUCGGUCUCAUCAUCCUUCCCAUUGUUGGUAAUGCGGCAGAGCACGUCACUGCCGUUACGGUCGCGAUGAAGAACAAGAUGGACUUGGCCAUUGGUGUCGCUGUCGGUAGCUCUAUCCAGAUUGCCCUCUUCAUUACGCCUAUUGUCGUCAUCAUCGGCUGGGCUUUGGACCGCGACAUGUCGUUGUACUUCACCCUGUUCGAGACGGUCUGCCUAUUCGUCUCGGCUUUCAUCGUCAACUUUCUGGUACUCGACGGACGGAGUAAUUAUCUCGAGGGUGCUUUGUUGUGUGCGACGUACAUCAUCAUCGCCGUGGUUGCCUUCUUCUACCCCAACUCGGACGAGGCGAGCUCCUUUGGCGCCUAA